AUGGCACCUGUCCGGGUUGUGGUUGUUGGAGCAGGUGUGGUGGGCCUCUCCACAGCUGUCUGCAUCUCUGAAGCUUUGCCUUCCUGCUCAGUCACUCUGGUGGCUGACCGCUUCAGCCCCGACACCACCAGUGAUGGAGCAGCUGGGAUUGUGCUCCCAGCUGAAUUUCCAGAUAUUCCACUGGAGAGACAGAGACGCUGGUUCAAGGACAGCUUUGAUCACCUGCUGGAGAUUGCUCAGUCCCAACACUCCCCAGAUGCCGGUGUGAUUCUGAGCUCUGGGUGGCAGAUUUUUAAGGAGGUUCCAGCUGAGAAGAAGCCCUUCUGGUCAGAGUUUGUAAUCGGCUUCAGGUUCAUGACUGACGGUGAACUCAAACGUUUCCCAGAUCACAGGUUCGGCCAGGCGUUCACCACAGUGAAGUGUGAAUGCUGCAGCUACCUGCCGUGGCUCGAGAAGAGGUUUAGGAGAGCUGGAGGUCUGGUGGAGAAGAGGAAAGUUAACAGUCUUCAGGAGUUGAGUCAUUUUGACCUCAUCGUGAACUGCUCUGGCCUCGGCUCCAGAACGUUAGUUGGUGACACACACGUGUACCCGGUGAGAGGCCAGGUCCUCAAAGUGGAAGCCCCCUGGUUGAAGCACUUCAUCAGAGAUGGAGAUGGGAAGACCUACAUCUAUCCCGGUGUUCACGGCGUCACUUUGGGUGGGACGAGGCAGGAGGGGGACUGGCGCCUGCAGGUGGACCGAGGAGAAGCCGAGAGCAUCCUGGAGCGCAGCAGCCGGCUGGAGCCGUCGCUGACAAAAGCCAAAGUUCUCGGUGAAUGGGUCGGUCUGAGGCCGGGCAGGAGGAACCUGAAGGUGGAGCGGGAGGCGGUGUACCUGCAGGGUCGCUGGGUGCCGGUGGUCCAUAACUACGGCCAUGGGGGCUUUGGGGUCACCCUCGCCUGGGGCACCGCCUUGGACGCCCUAGGACUGGUCAGGCAGUGCCUGAAUGAAAAGCCUCAGCAGGCCAAACUGUGACCAAACCCCGUCUUCCCUCACUGCCAGUAAUGAACUAAUUAAACUUUAAUGCUGCUCUUAAUUACUUUAAGAUACACACAGAGCACUUAAAGUAACAGUUCAACCUUUUCUUCUGGUUGCCUCCUUCUGUUACAAUGAGUAAACUCACAUUAAAAGAUUUGAGUUGCUUUACCCAGGAUGCCCUUCCUGUCCCAACCUGGGCUUGAACCUACGGCACGGACCACUGAGCUACAGCACAUACUGUAGAUAA